ACUUUACUUACUGAAAAACUUUUCCUCUUCAGGAGCCUCUUUUUUGUCCUCAUCGGGGUUCAGGCGAACUCAAGAUUUUUAAGGCUCUUUACCAAACAACUUUGGAAACUUUUCUAGAUUUCACUUUGAUAAUUUCUUGUAAAAUCUCCUUGAGCAAAACAAAACAAUCGUUUUUAUUCUCCGCCUGCAGAGGAAUCGUUGUUACUACCAUGCCAACCAACCGAUGUGUUGCUGCUGCUGCUGCGUUCAUCUUAUUCUUCUUCUCAGCGGGAGCCACCACAGACUACGACAGCUACAGUGACUUCAUAGAGGAAGACGACACUCCUCAGCUGGACUACAAAGACCCAAACUGGUGUCGCUCUCCACAUCUGCCUAAUGGUGAGGUGUCGUGCCGCUCCCCUCGCGGUGGGGCCCACCGGGGUUUGCUGGGCACCCGGUGUGAGAUGACCUGCGACCGAGGCUACCGACUGCUGGGCAGAAAGUCGAUUCAGUGCCUCGCCAACCGCCUCUGGUCCGGGUCGGCUUACUGCCGCAGGGUUCGUUGCCAUGUCCUGCCCCUCAUCCCACAGGGCAGAUACUCCUGCACUCAGGGCUUCUUUGUGGACUCCAGGUGUGAGUUUACCUGUCGACCCGGCUACCGCAUCGAGGGGGAACACUCGCGCACCUGCCUGCACGGGGGUUCGUGGAGCGGAGUACAGCCGGAGUGUUCAGAUACCGACCCUCCGAAGAUCAGGUGUCCACCAUCCAGACUGAAAGUGGCUGAACCUGGGAAGCUCACCGCCAGAGUGAGCUGGGACCCCCCAGCUGCCACUGAUACUGCAGACAAAUUCCUGAAUGUGAUGUUAGUGGACCAGCAGCCCGGCUCCGAGUUUAAGGAGGGACUGCAUGUCAUCAGAUACAAGGUGUACGAUCAGGCCAGGAACAGAGCUGCCUGCAAGUUUAUUGUACGUGUUGAGGUGAGAAGGUGUCCAGAGCUGCCGCCGCCGCUACACGGUUACCUCAUCUGCUCGUCUGAUGGGAAUAACUACGGCGCAGAGUGUGAAUACCUCUGUGACGGCGGAUAUGAGCGCAAGGGAAUGUCUAGCCGAGUCUGCCAGUUCAACCGCAGCUGGAGCGGAGGACCGGCGGAGUGUGUCCCGAUGGAGUUUAAGUUCAGCGUACAGACAGUCGGCGCUCUCCUGGAUCAGUUCUAUGAAAAGAGGAGGCUGCUGAUCAUGUCGGCGCCCAACAUAUCCGACCCGGACUACCAGCUGCAGAACAUCAUGAUCCAGAAAUCUGACUGUGGGUUGGACCUUCGACACGUCACAGUGGUUGAGCUGCUGGGCUCCCCGCCGCGUGAGACGGGACGCAUCAAAGAAAAUCUGCUGCAGUCAGACGUCAUCGAGGGUUUGAGGCAAGCAUUCAGAAUCUCCCGAUUCUACUUCAGCAUGGUGCUGCUGGACAAGCUGGGCAUCGACCGAGAGCGCUUCAUCGUCCCAGUGUCGUCAGAGGAGCUGUUCUCCUACAUAGACAGUUUCCUGAUGGAGGAGGAGGAACGGGAGAGGCUGGAGCUGCACAGAGACUUCUGCGAUUAAUUUAUGGAGGCUCUCCAGCUGCCGCGGCAACGCCAUCAUGUUUAUUAGACGAGAUGUGGAGGGACAACCAACCAGAAACCAGUUCCAGGAGGGAUUAAAGCAGAGGGCAGCUCCUCAUGUUUAAAUGGGGUCGUUACACAAGACUGAAGUGCUGGUACUGUUUGUUCAAUAUAAACCAACAUCUGGGGCAGGAAAAUAGUUUAUUUUUACUUUACAUCAAUAAAUUCUGUUCUAAUUUAUAAUGAAAUAACAUUUUUUAUUGCAAGAAAUCAAGAAUAACCUAUUCUGCUUUAAUGUCAUGUUCAACUAUUAAAUCCCAGAGUUAAAAAUCUAGUUUACCAGUAAAUGAUAUGUUAGAAAAGGGAAAAUGACCAGGUGGACAUAGGGAUGCAAGUUAUUAAUAAAUUUAAAGUUGACUAAUCUUAUCAAUUGACUAAUGACUUGACAAGCAGCAUCUUUUCUUAAUUAUCUUAUUUUUUAGUUUAAUUCCUUCUCUUUUCGCUGUUAUUUUUUUAAAGGAGCGGCCAUCUUCUUAGAAAUCUGAGUUUUCUGUCAAGAUGCCGACUGUCUUCCUGUAACAUAAAUGGCUACAUUUUUUAGAAAAUAAAAAUAUUUUGUCAGCUGUAUUAAAUACUGAGAAAAAAA